GUGAGUGUGUGUGUGUGAGAGAGAGAGGGUUGGAUUUGGUGUGUGUGUGUGUGUAGAGUUAACACAUAAGAGGGGGUGCGGUUUCAUCCAGAGCUCUUCUCCUUCGUCUAGAGAAACCAAAAUAUAUGUGCUGCUGCAUUUUAGACACAUAAGAGGAUAUUGCAUUGGAAGAUCAAGUGUGUGUGUGUGUGUGUGUAGGCGUGGAGAGGAUUGGAGAGCUUUCAGGCACAUGGAGAGAUAAUGAACAGAUUGUAAUCGCAGAAAUAAAAGAGACUGAAGGAUGGAACAGAUGGAACAGGUAACAUGGAGAAAGAAACAUGCGGCUGAUGGAUUUAGGAACCAGGAGCUGAUGCUGGAAUGGGAUCCAGAGACCAACUGGACGAAAUGAAACAUCAACAAGCCCUCAUUUUACCUGGAGGAGAUCACCUGCAGCCUGUCUACUUAUAUAACAGGAAAUCCAGAUCUUGUAGAAUAGGUCUAAAACCUGGCUGUCUACCAGAUGAAGUCGGAAAGGAUGAAAGGGUGACUCUGGGGACUUAUCGACAUUCUGGAAACGCCAUCUUCUAAAAAGGAUAUUAAAACUCAGGAGAAGCACAAUGUUCUGCUGAGGCAGUCCAAUCAGGAUUCGUCAAGCAAUGCUGCCUCGGAAAAACGUCCAGCACAACUCAAGGAAUUGAUGGCUGCUGAUCAGCUUUAGGUCAUGUCUGUGCUGGAUAGAACAAAUACCCAUUGCUAAAUCUUGACACAUCGUUUUCUUUCUAUCGUUUUCUUUCACUGUGCACGUAGAAAGAUGAAUAACAUGUUCACCAUAAAAGCAGAUGUAAUAUUUCACGCUGCGGAUCACGAGGACUCGGAGCAGUCCGUCAUUACCAAAGCAACAGACAGAGUUCAUUCGAGAGAAGUCGGCGAUUGUGUUUUGGAGUCGGGAAUACUGCAAGGAUCCUGGGAUAAUGAGGAGUCUGGAAGUGUGGUGGAGACUGGAAGCCUGGGAAAGCGCUGCACAGGGGCAGGAGAGUAUCUGCAAUAUGGAAACUCCAGUGACAGUGGGUUUCAGGAACAACCAGUGGAUGCUAGUUUUAAGAAGCAGAGCGAGUCUUUGAGCAAAAACGGAGGAAAAGAGGAGACGAACGGAGCCGCGGCUGACAGGCCUUUACUUAGCCUGAGGUCAGAAACCGGAGGGGAAAUGGCUAAAUCGUAUGUUUCUGAGACUGAAAUCAUGAGAAGUCCGAGCAUCAUCAGUAGCGUGUCCUCUCUUUCGCAGGACUCUUUUUCUGACUCAAAGGAAAACAGAUCAUUAGAACAAGCACUGGGCAGUUUACACAGAGCACCACAUGAACACUUCACACCCGAGUCAGUACGUGACGUAAAGCACAGCGGUAAUGGGGUAAGAAAUUCCGUCUCUGUUAGAGAGAAUCCUGAUUUAGUCAUUGAAGUAGGCAGGCAGAAGGUCCAGGUACACAAAUCAGUCUUAGCUGAAAAAAGUGACUAUUUCAAAGCGAGGCUUUCUCGAGACAUCCUGAAAGUCAAAGGCAUGAGCUACAAGACGUUGUCGGUCUUGAUAGAUUACGUUUACACUUCCAAUAUGAAUGUGAACAAGGAUAACAUCGUGGACGUCGUGACCGGUGCCAAGAUCCUGCAGAUUCCUUGUGCGGUGCAGGCCGCUAUCGAUGCCAUGUCUGGCCAGCUCACAACCCAGAACUGCUACGAGAUUCUAACCAUCGCGAAAAAGCAGCGGCUGAGCGAACUUAAGGAGACAGCAUACCGUUUCAUAAGUGACAACUUCCUGCAGGUCCUGAGAGAUCCCACCGUUUACGGGCGUCUCACAGGCUCAGAGCGGGACCUGGUUUUGAGGAAUCGUAUGGAGGGGCACAAGUGCCUGAUGGUGGCUGAGAUCAAUGACGUUUUUGAGCGAGUGGGGAGCAGACCCCCGAGCAGGGGCAACAGCAGGCCGCAGAGCCCUCUCUCCGCCACCUCGUUCGAAGACAACCACAUGAUCUAUUACUACAACGAGAUUACCAAGGAUUGGCACACUUUGACGAUAAUGCCAGAGGAUAUUAAUACCAAGGGUUGUGGCAUCUGUUGCAUGUAUAACUACCUGUUCGUCGCAGGUGGCAUCCAAGGAUACGGGGAGAAAGGAACCUCAGACAAGGUGUUCUGCUACAACCCCGUUACAGACCGCUGGAGCGAGAUACGACCCAUGAACCAAGCGAGGUCACAACUCAAAUUGGUGUCUAUGGACGGCUUUUUGUAUGCCAUCGGUGGAGAAUGUCUCUUCACAGUGGAGAAGUAUGACCCUCGUAUGGACCGUUGGACCACGGUGGCUCCUCUGCCCAAAGGAGCAUUUGCAGUCGCCCAUGAGGCCACUACCUGCAACGGGGAGCUGUAUGUCUCAGGAGGGACCCUAUUCUACCGCCUCUUGAAGUAUGACCCCAAGAGGGACGAGUGGCAGGAAUGUCCGUACAACAACAGCCGAAAGAAAUCCACCGACAUGGUCGCGCUGAAGAGCUUCAUCUACAGGUUCGACGUCAACCGCGAACAAGGCAUAAAUGUGUUUAAGUACAACACCAUAGUCAAGAUGUGGCAAGACUGCGCUUCCUAUCAGCAAGGGAGUCCGCUACCGUUCAGGAGCGCUGUGAUUGAAAACCGCAUCUACUGCGUCAACAAGACCCAGACUCUGCAGUUUAUCAUCGAGGAAGAAGGAGCUCGAUUUGCAGAAGAAGCUCUGAAAGCUCCCAUGGAGGCUAAAGGAGUGUUAUUCCCAUUUGUUAUGAGUUUGCCGGAGAGGAGUGAGCGAAAUGUGUGAGCAGAAUUGUAUACCGGUGAACUGAAAAAAGAAAGCUUUUUGUCUUGCCCAAUUAUACCGCUCAUAACGGGAAUGUUCGUCGUUGCAUGGUGGAUGAACGCCCAUGGGGCGGUGUAAAAAAGAAAGCUUUUUUGAUUUGCUUUCAUGGCACAGUGGCAUUACUUAUAUAUGUGUAUAUAAAUGUGUGUGUGUGUGUGUGUGUGUGUGUGUGUGUAUAUACCCUGGAUGCAUUUGUUUUGUGCACUUUUGUACUUGGAUGGUUGGACAGUAAUUUCCUUGCAGCAAAAAUCAGACCAGUGUUGACCAGUUUUGGCACAAAAGGCUAAGCAAAAAUAUCAGUACAAAUAAUACAAUAAAGCAGUCUAAGUA